AUGUUGCGACGUGCCGCUUCUGCGUAUAGUCGUGUGCUGGUGAAUCAGCCAAAUGGUAAAAAGUUAUUAUUCAACAAGCUACGUAUUGCGCAAUGCCGAAGAUAUUUUGCCGUACCACAGUCACUGAUUCAACAAAACCGGUUGUUUUAUUAUUUCGAUGUAGUUGGACAAUUACAUACGAGCCAAUUAUGCUAUGCUGAUAUCAUAGAAGUGGAAGGACCUGCUUUCGCGGAGUCGAUCUCUGAAGGGGAUAUUAGAUGGUUGAAACAAAAGGGUGAAUUUGUCAAUCGAGAUGAUUUGGUUGCUGAGAUUGAAACUGAUAAGACAACCGUAGAAGUACCAUCCCCACAGUCAGGAACAAUAGUCGAACUUUUAGUAGAAGAUGGCGGUCGAGUAACAGCACAUCAGAAAUUGUAUAAACUAGAAGUUGGAGGAGAAGCACCUGCUAAGAGUACAAAAGAAGCGAAACAACCAGUGGAGGAGAAAACUCCGUCACCAUCAAAGGCUGAUUCGGUGCAGACAUCACCUUCACCUAGUCCAGAAAAGCCAAUCACUCCAUCUCCAAUGAAAAUUGCAGCUGCACCUGUUCCAUCGUAUUCCCAACCUAAGCCAGAUUCUCCUAUAGAGAAAGUACCAUUACUCACUGAUCAUAGUCCUUUUACUGGUUCAAGAGAUGAGACACGCGUGAAAAUGAACCGAAUGCGUUUAAGAAUAGCACAGCGAUUGAAAGACGCUCAGAACACUUACGCUAUGCUUACUACUUUCAAUGAAGUUGACAUGAGCAAUGUACUGGAAAUGAGGAAACGCUAUCAAAAAGAAUUCAUCGCAAAAUAUGGCAUUAAAAUUGGAUUGAUGUCGCCAUUUAUUCGAGCAUCGGCUUAUGCGUUGCAAGAAUUUCCCACCGUUAAUGCUGUAAUCGAUGAAGGCGAGAUAUUGUAUCGGCAUUAUAUUGACGUGUCAGUUGCAGUCGCUACACCGAAAGGUUUGGUAGUGCCCGUACUGCGUAAUGUUGAAACAAUGAAUUAUGCAGCCAUCGAAAAGACACUGAAUGAAUAUGCAAUUAAAAAAAUAGAGGGAGAAGCGUACAAAGAUUUCGUAAGAUUUCUAUAG